GAAAGUACCACUUUGGUAGCAGCAUGAUGUAAAGAAAGUGACCAGCACUAGAUCUUGCCCAAAGAGGACACUUCAAAACAGUUAGCAAUAGCAUAAAGGUAUCCAAACAGCAUAGUAGUAUAAAGUAAUUCCCAACCCAAACCCGUUUUACUCUGACCCGACCCUUUUCCCUCCCUGGUGUUUUUCUCGGAAAAGAGCGAGAAGAAAAUAUUUUCCACCAAACUCGAAUUGCAGUUAAAACCCCCAACAGACACACACACGCACUCCGUUAAUUCGAUUUUUCUUUAAUUUUCGGAAAUUAGUUUGGGAAUCCCGCGCAAUCUGCCUGAAGCAAGCAAUUCCCUUGUUCUCUUCUCUAAUGUUACACUCUCGCGCCCUAAUUCUCGAAUCAUUCCUGUUUCGAUGAAUUCGGCUCCGGCGAUGGCGGAGGAGAAGAGGGCCUCCUCGUCCUUCGUCAAGAAAGGCGACCGGCAAAUGUUCACGGUGGAGCUCCGCCCAGGCGAGACCACCAUAGUCUCGUGGAAGAAGCUGAUGAAGGACGCCAACAAGCCCAACGGAUCCACUUCGGCAGCGCCACACGUCGCAAUCGCUCCGGGUCAACCUGUUGAGGAUGAAGAAAAAGAUCCUUCUCAGCCAAACCGUUUCAGUGCUGUGAUAGAGAAGAUUGAACGACUUUACAUGGGUAAGGAUAGUAGUGAUGAUGAGGAUCUGCUUGAUGUUCCUGAUGAUGAUCAGUAUGAUACAGAAGACUCAUUUAUAGAUGAUGCUGAACUGGAUGAAUAUUUUGAGGUUGACAAUUCUGCAAUCAAACAUGAUGGGUUCUUUGUAAAUAGGGGGAAAUUGGAACGCAUACAUGAACCUCCUGCAGUACCUAACCAGCAACCAAAGAAAAGACGUAGAAAAGAUAUAUUGAAGAAUGCUGGUGAAAACAACGACAAUCAUGGAUCAAAUAAAACUGCUAAAGUUGGCAGGCCAGCAUCUGGCAAAACAGCUUCAUUACAGGAAAAGAAUACGUUGAAUUCCUCUGAGAAUUUGGUUGCACCUGGUGAACAUUAUGAUGAUUUGAAACUUCUGAAUCAAUUGGAUAUCUCUGGAAUUGUUUCGAAAAAGAAAACUGCUGAUACAAAACCAAUAUUGGACCCUUUUGUCUCUUUGAAAAUAUCAAGUGAUGAUGUUCCUGCUGUAACAGAUGCAAAAGAAGCUGAUAAGCAGAAGACAGGAGCUUUUCAAUCUAAGAACGUUAGUGAUAAAUAUAAAGAUGCAAGUGAAAAAGGUGCUUUUGGUCAUUCCAAAUCCCAACCUGGAAGAUCCCCUGGUAAUAUUGAUGAUUUUGAAAAUAUCAAUCGGACAAAAGAAAAAAAUGGUAUGCGUGAACUGCCAGAUCUUAACUUGUCUGAGGGAAAGUCUGCUACUCAAGCAACGAAAUCUGAUAACUUGCACAAGAAAGAUGGUUCAAGUGUUAGGCCAAAAUCUUCAAUGCUUGAAAAGUCUCUUCGUGAGUUGGAAAAAAUGGUUGCAGAAUCUAGACCACCAGCAGUGGAUAAUCAGGAGGCUGAUACUACACCCCAGGCAAUUAAAAGGAGGUUGCCUAGAGAAAUAAAGCUAAAGCUUGCUAAAGUUGCUAGACUAGCGGCAACCCACGGGAAAGUAUCAAAAGAAUUAAUUAACCGACUUAUGAGUAUUCUUGGGCAUCUGAUUCAGCUAAGAACAUUAAAGAGAAACUUAAAAAUAAUGAUCAAUAUGGGUCUCUCAGCAAAGCAGGAGGAGGAUAACAGGUUUCAACAGAUAAAGAAGGAAGUUGUUGAUAUGAUUAAGAUGCAGGCCCCAACUCUGGAAUCCAAGCAGCAGCAGAAAGGUGGAACAUCCGGUGAUUUUCAAGAAUUUAGUCCUGAUGGAAAACCAAUAACUAAAAGGAAGUUUAUUAUGGAUGCUGCAUUGGAGGACAAGAUUUGUGAUCUCUAUGAUCUUUUUGUUGAUGGGUUGGAUGAAAAUGCAGGUCCACAGAUCAGAAAGUUGUAUGCUGAGCUUGCAGAGUUAUGGCCCAGUGGUUACAUGGACAACCAUGGGAUCAAACGUGGAAUUUGCAGGGCAAAAGAGAGGCGCAGAGCACUGUACAACAAACAUAAGGAUAAGGAAAAAAUAAAGAGGAAAAAGUUGCUGACACCUAAGCUAGAGGAGAAUGUUCAAUUUGAUACCGGUUCCAUUACUUCACAGCAGAACCUACGAGACAGAGUAGCUCCAGAGUCUAGCAGCCAUGUUUUUAUUUCAGGGAACAAGCAAGUUUCUUAUACAAACACAACUGGUCGUGUUCCCAGUCCAAUGAAUGGGCUAAAACAAGAAAAAGCAAAGGUAAUUUUAAGCAGUUCCCUGGACGAUGUGAGGGUUGGAAAUGGUAUUUUAAAUAAGAAGUUAAAGAGAAGACCAGAACUUGAUUUGGAAGGACCACAUUUAGGUCUAGAGAAGGUAGCUUCCUUUCAGGGAGAAGAGAGGACCAAGCCCCUAAAGCAGUCUACAGGGCCACUUCCCACCAAAUCAAAUCCUCAGCCAACAUCUCUUCCUGAUCUUGAACAGUCAAGCUAACGUGAUAUCAAGUAGGAAGUUUAGAGGUUUACGAAGCAGAAUGUCUGUCACAUUUUUUAUUUUUAAUUUUUUCCUAAUCCCCUUCUCUAUCAAAUAGUUCCCUUAUCUUUUUUUGUAAUUAACGUCCUUGCAAUGUUACUCGAAAUAUAGAUAGAUUUAUUGUUAUUAUUAGUGAUGUACUGACAAAGCGUCUUAUGGCCUUUACGCUUCUCUUAAAGCAAUUGUACUUCUCUA